AUGUCGAAAGUCCUCCGAACCCUUCGACCGCAACCAAUACUCCACUCCCUACGACAACCUUCAGCUUCCCAGAGUUUCUUAACCCUCCCAGGAACCGAAGCCCAAACCCUCACAGCAACCCGCAUCCUCCCCUACAACUCCAAAAGCCUCUACACCCUCAUCGCAGACAUUGACAGCUACUCCAGCUUCCUCCCCUACUGUCUUUCCUCGCGCGUCACAAAAUGGUCCGCCCCCGACAAAGACGGCAAACGCUGGCCCUCAGAAGCAGACCUGAAGGUCGGCUGGGGCGGCUAUGAAGAAACGUUCACAUCGCGUCUAUUCUGCGUACCUGGUUCGAUUGUUGAAGCUCUUGGGGGAGAGGCAAUAACCAGUCUUCCAAGGGCAGAUUUAGAGCACCAUAAAGAGACGCUUGAUAGUCCGGCGAUAGCAAAUGGUAUUUUCCAGUCGAUAAAUACGCAAUGGAGUGUUAAACCGUUUCAUUAUAAGCCACCGACGGGACGGCCACAGACAGAUACCACGGAGGAGCCGGCGAGGGAUCGGACGGAGGUUCAUCUUAGUCUUGAAUUUCAGUUUUCGAAUCCCUUGUAUGCGGCACUUAGCAAGGCGGUUGCGCCGAAGGUGGCGGGCAUUAUGAUUGAGGCGUUUGAGGUUCGGGCGAGGAAGCUGUUGGAUGGAACGGGGGCGACGGUUCAUAGGGAUAGGAUGGAGUCACGAAUGUAG